AUGUACUUCGAAGGUUACGGUGGAAGUCUGUUCUCGAAAGAUCCAUAUGACAAGGAUGACGAGGAAGCGGACGAGAUUUAUCGAGCAGUGGACGCACGCAUCGACGAACGACGCAAAGAAUAUAGAGAGAAAAAAUACAAGGAAGCAAUUGAGAAAUAUCGAAAAGAGCGACCCAAAAUUCAGCAAGAAUUUUCUGAUCUGAAACGACUGCUGUCAAAUGUAACUGAGGCGGAAUGGUCAGCGAUCCCAGAAGUGGGCGAUAUUCGAAACAAGGCAAAACGCAAUCCACGAGCUGACAGGCAAGUCGCUGUUGCCGCUUCUUUGAUCACUCCAGUACCGGAUUCAGUGUUGGCGUCAGCAAUGGCAUACGGACAGUUAAGCACUCAAAUGGACAAUCGCGUUCAGUCAGGCCUAUUGACGCCAAUGGGCUCGGGCAUCACAUCGACUUUCAACGGGAUGACCUCCACCUAUGGAAGUGGCUACUUGUCCACGCUAAGUGGCAUAAAAUCGGGUCUUUUAACCCCGGGUUGGAAGACUGGCAUUCGGAGUAGUUCCUCAUCAUCCGCCGAUCUUGACCUGCGAAAAAUUGGCCAAGCAAGAAAUGCUAUUAUGGACAUCAAAUUGAAUCAGGUGUCCGAUUCGGUAACGGGACAGACGGUAGUCGACCCGAAGGGUUAUUUAACGGACCUGCAGUCAAUGAUUCCUCAGCACGGUGGUGACAUUAACGAUAUCAAAAAAGCUCGUCUAUUGCUGAAGUCUGUUCGUGAAACCAAUCCUCGCCAUCCACCAGCAUGGAUUGCUUCGGCACGUUUGGAAGAAGUGGUGGGCAAAUUACAAGUGGCCCGUAAUUUGAUCAUUGAGGGCUGCGAUCGAAACCCGAACAGUGAAGAUCUUUGGCUUGAAUCUGUUCGCCUGCAUCCGCCAGAGUCCGCCAAAACUAUUGUGGCAGCAGCUGUACGUUCGUUACCAAAUUCGGUGCGUAUUUGGAUGAAAGCAGCGGAACUUGAAGACGACUUGAAAGUUAAAAAGAAAGUGGUCCGGAAGGCGCUGGAGCAGAUUCCCACAUCAGUUCGUCUGUGGAAAGCAGCUGUUGAGUUGGAGGAACCCGAGGAUGCCAGGAUACUGCUUACAAGAGCCGUGGAAUGCUGCAGAUUGUGCUGGAAUAUGUGGGAUAUGUUAAUUCUGAGUUUUAGCACAUCAACUGAACUGUGGUUGGCUCUGGCACGCCUUGAGACUUACGAGAAUGCUCGCCGUGUACUGAAUAGAGCUCGUGAGCAUAUCCCCACCGAACGACAGAUUUGGAUCAGCGCAGCAAGACUGGAAGAAACACGUGGCCAGAGUGACAUGAAUGCUCGUCGUGUACUGAAUAGAGCACGUGAGCAUAUCCCCACCGAACGGCAGAUUUGGAUCAGCGCAGCAAGACUGGAAGAAACACGUGGCCAAAGUGACAUGGUGGAUCGGAUUAUUGAGCGAGCGAUCACUUCGCUGAAAGCAAACAUGGUGGAAAUCAAUCGGGAACACUGGCUCAAAGAUGCUGUGGAUGCCGAAAAGGCAUGGCUACGAUUUUUUUCUUUGUGA